AUCUCUGACAGCAUCCUCCUCUGACACGGACGCGCACACAGCAGCUCAACAUUUGAGAAUACAGCUUAGCUUUCUGCACACAGAUCUCCGUGAAGAUACAUCCUUACAAUAUACAAUUGCAUUUAUCACCAUUAUUUCUCCACUGGACAUUGAUGCAUUUGCUUCAUCCGUCGCCGUAGCGGUCCUCCCGAUCGUUAUUGCCUUUAUUUCCAUCCUCUCCGUAUCCAAAGACUGAUCUACGCUUCAAGAUGGCUGAGUUGAAUUUGGGAAAGGGUCUGACUGCGGGGAAAGUGGCCAGCAACGUUCAGAAAAAACUAACGAGAGCGCAAGAGAAGGUGAGAGCUUUUCAGUGACACGUUAAUAUGUGGGGUAAAUGGAUACUAGGGCCUGAGAGGCUCGAAGCAGCAGUGCCGCAUCCUCCUCCAAGGCGCAGUGUCGCAUCACGACAUGACAAUUAUCAUGGCACUUUUACUUUAUUUCUGGAUGGAGACGUCCACUUUAAAAAAAAACAAUGAUGUACGUGUCAAUGUCACACAGCGGGCACGUUCAUAAUGCAGUGGGAUAAACCUUACAGCAGGCCUGCCUUUAAUUUAGCCCUCGACUGCUGUGACACUGGCACGAGGGAUCAAUUUCUCAGCAUGUGAGCGAGUGUGUGUCACUCCAAUGUUGGUUACAGAUACAACGCGUUACAUUUUGCAGGAACACAGCAUGAUAGUAAAUACAAGCCACGCUGCAAUGUGUAUCGGUUAGUAAUAUGAGGCCUGGUUUAUGCGUCUGUGCACCUGCGCGUUUGGCAUCGAAUAAAUGUUAGGGGGCGCUAUUUGUCUAUCAUGAUGCAUCAUGUCCUAUGAGGCUGAAAAGGCAGAGGCAGAAUCAAGGCAGUAAAUACAGCUCGUGUAAUCCAAGCAGUUAUGUCUGAUAAGAACACUUGAAUAUGUAUGUUUGGUAGAAAUUACAUGACACACACUCAUUUAUUUGCCAUGUGCUGUCCAGGUUGCUCUUUCUGUCAAUCAAAUUCACUUUAACACCUUUCAUUGUAACACAGUUUAGAUAUCAGAUUCAAUGUGCUGCUUUGCGACCCAUUCAUUUUACUCAUGAAGGCAAAGAAACCAUAUUUGAUUUGAAGCAUAGGAGAGAAUUUGUGUAAAGACAUUAAAAAGCUGAAUAUUCACCAACCCGUUCAGCAUAUUCUGCUCUGUUUAAUCACUGACCCUUCCUUUUGUAUUGUCACUGAUCAUUAAUGGCCUGUUAUUCCUUUUUGUCUGCAGGUUCUUCAGAAGCUUGGCAAAGCUGACGAGACCAAAGACCUUGCAUUUGAGGAGGGAGUGAUCAACUUCAACAAACAAUAUGUGAGUACAGCUCAGCGAGAGGCUGGGUCAUGUUUCUAAAAUCCUCAGAAAUCAAUGUGCCAUUGACCAAUAAUGGCACAGUGAAGAUAUGUCAGCUGCUGGAUCAACAGGCCUGUAACAUCUGCAUCUGUCUCUGCGCACUAUUUUGUUUUGUGUUGUAAGUAUUGUCUUUUGUGUUUCUCCCCCAGGCUGAAGGUAGUAAACUGCAAAGAGACCUUAGGGCGUACCUGGAGGCAGUCAAAGGUAACACACACCCUAACAUGUGAAAACUCAGACUGCUCCAUAAACACAAACAGGACACACAUUUAGUCAUUGAAAAAUGCACCUUGUCCUGACUUAAUCCAUAGAUUUUCCUCUGAUCUCCUUUGUGUGUGUGUGUGUUUUUGUUUGUUUUAGCAAUGCACGAGUCCUCCAAAAAUGUGCAGGCGUGUUUGGCAGACAUGUAUGAAGACGACUGGUACGGCAAGAGAGAGGUGGACUCCAUAGUGGAGGUCAGUUACACUGUUCAUGGAGGUCUUUUAAAUGCAGACAUUGCCUGCAGAUGUAAGGGUGUGAAGACAGACUGGAGGUCAAAACCACUUUGUUCUAUUGUCUAUGAGGUGAUUAAGUGUGUGCUAAUGCAUCAUAGCAGCUUCCUUUUCCAAGGGUAAUCACAGCUGUGUGAGAUUCUGCUCUUUGGAGUUUUCUGAAAUUAAUUCCUAUCAAAAUCAUACCUCACAGAACCCCCUCAACCUUCAUUAAGAUUAUUGUUGAAAUCAUCAUGAGCUAUUAUGAUUACCAUCUGCAGAAAGAUGGUAAUCUGCAAGUUUGCAGCACGAAGAUUCUGAAAAUUCUCAAAUUAGAAACAAAGCAACACACCAAAACCAUUUCAAGACUAUUUUAAUGAGAAGAGCUUCGUAAAUGAUCACUCUGUUUUAUUCUCCAAUAUUGUGUGUUUGUGAUUGUGCUCUGUACAAUUAUACUUAUUCCUGCUGCAGGACUGUGACGUGCUGUGGACUGACUACCACCAAAAGCUGGUUGAUCAUGCUCUCAUCUCCAUGGAUACUUACUUGGGCCAGUUCCCUGAUAUCAAGGUGGGUGGUCAGUGAAAACUCAAAUGAUGCCAAAGGAUAUUGUAGUGCUUGAUUGCUCCAAAAUUACAGACAAAAUGAGAGUUAAAGAGCAUCAGUGAAAGCAGGAAUAAGCUAAGCACUGUGUUGUUGUCAAAAAUGAAGAAACUGCAGCAUACUUUGGUUUCAUAAAUACACCUUUAAUGUGAAUAACACUAAAUAACAUAACAGAAUUAUUCCUCUUUUUUUGUAUCCAGGCUCGUAUAGCAAAGAGGGACAGGAAGCUGGUGGAUUUUGACAGUGCCAGACACAAUUAUGCUACUACACACAAGACCAAGAAAAAGGAUGGAGGCAUCAAAAUCACCAAGGUAAAACUACAUACAGCAAAGCUUUGUUUUCACUUGCUGUAUUUGUUAAACACUCUGACAUGAUGAAAGGGCUUUUUGGCACGCAUGGCUGAUAAAAUGUACUCAUAUCGAUAAGAAAUAAGAGCAUACCAGAGUGCUUGAUGCAUUUGCUCAUUAAAACUUGAUGCCAUAAGUUUCAGCUCACUGUAGCUUUCACUCAUGUUGUAAUACCUUGCUCACUCACAAAGCAAAUAUUAAAGCUGGAUGUAGAUGGUUAAGCUGCUGACUUUCUAGCCAGCAUAACGUGCCCCAGAUAGCCACACUUCUACACACCUUCUAGGCAUGGCUGCUUAUUGCAGGACAUCUUGAUCUUCUGAAUGAUACAUGUUGCCCAAAGACUCUUAAGCCGAAAACAUACAGGAUCUGUAUUGGGCGCAUUCCGUAUUUGCUGCGUAGAGCAGCAUUGGGUAUCGUAUACAGGAUGUGUAUUUGGAGAACCAGGAAGUAUUUCUCAUCUCCACAAACUCAUACACAGUCGGGAGUUCGCAUAUUAUGUUUUUAAUAUGUUUAAUGCGAUGAUUAAUGCGAAUUGGAAGCAUAGAGCUGCAAAAAUGGACUUGUUGCAUAUCUUUAGCCGUACUGCUCUCGAUACGAUGCUGCGACGGAGCUGAUACGUGUCCUGUAUGCUUUGCUGCAGUGAUCGGCAACCUCUAUGUUUUUGCCUAUAGAAAGCCCAAAAAGUAUCUGUAUGAAAGUUGCUCUUUCAGGUAGCCACACUUCUAUACACCUGCUAGGUAUGGCUGCAUAUUGCAGGACAUCUUUGAUCUACUGAAUGAUACGUGCCACCCAGAAUGCCCAAAAGUACCUGUGUCAAAGUUGCUCUUUUAACCAAAAAUCAAUCUACCAAAUACUCGCAGGUUCCUCUGUGAACUUAUUUAUCAAAUUGCAACUAAGUAAGAUCCCUACCAAAAUAACUCGUGAGGAUUUAAGGGUUACCAAGGUCCAUUUUAAUACUGCUCUGUGUCUAAAAAUAUGCCUCAUGGGUGCACAUAUUGAAUUUCAUCUGUCUUCCAGCCCUCCUCUUUGCUGGAGCGGGCCACUCCAGGUUGGGCUCAGGGUAUCUUGUCUGCACACAAUGUGGCUCAAAGCAGUCUGUCCAGGAGCCAGGUACAUGAAAAUCCUGCACACAUACACACAUGCAUGCACAGACAUGAAUCAAUCACAAACUUUUGUGCAUGUGUAUAUGUGCGUGUUUCAGGCAGAGGAAGAGUUGGAGAGAGCCCAGAAGGUGUUUGAGGAGAUUAAUAUUGACUUGCAAGAGGAAUUACCUUCACUGUGGAACAGGUCUGUAUGUGUAUAUGAGGGAGUCUGUGUGGAAACUGAUUCUCCUCUUAAUGUACUGCUUCUGUAAUUACGUUUCACUUACAUCUGUGCUACAUUUGCCUUGAGAGGACAUCAAAUUAAGUCAAGCCACUAACUCAAUCAAUACUCUCUCUCUGCUCUAUGCAGUCGUGUCGGGUUUUACGUAAGCACCUUCCAGAGCUUGGCUGGUUUUGAGGAGAAGUUCCACAAGGAAAUAAGCCGGGUAAGGCUUGUGUUUACACCUUCAUAAAAGCAGACUUUAGGGAAAAGACCAGAAACAAACUGAGGCUAAUAUCAGAUUGCAAUUGAGGAGAAAGGCAGACAAGAACAGGGUUAUCUACGUCAGCUGUGUUUGCUUUUAAGUCUGAUAAAGCUUGUUUGUUCCCCUCAGAACUUCUUGAAACCUAAUGCAAAGUCUGCCUUCCUUUGGCCUGUGAAACAUAAAUACUGGAUGACCUUAAAACUGUGUUCAGUGAGAUAAUCUCUUGUAUUGCUGACCAAGCUUGAGAGUAAUUAUUACAGUUUUUGAAUUUGGACACAAUUACACAAAAAGCUUGUAGCACUAGGCACAAUUAGGAACACUCACAAAAAAAACCAUAACAUUGUAUUGAUUAAGUCAUUGAAUGUGCUUGUGGACAGUAAUGCUUUUGUUGUAAUCCUGAUUGUCGUUUGUCCUCUCUGCAGUUGGAUCAGGAUUUGUAUGAUGUCUUGGUGAAAUUGGAAGGAACAGACCCAACCAGGUUAGUGAGCCAUGGUCAUCACUGUAGCAGCAGGAGAUUGCCUCAAGAUGGACUGUAUAAACUAUUAAUAUUGAAAAUGGAUUUUUGUUUCAUAUUCUUUUUAUUUCGGUUAUGAAUCUAGGCAGAUGUCCAGAUAUUUUUGCAGCAUAAUUAUAUAAUGAAGAUUAUUUUUGGUACCACAAAUAUAGACACCUUUAGGAGGUGAUGACGCUUCCCAGUUUCCUGAAAAACAACUGUCUAUAUGUCUUCAUGAAAAUGUAUUUAGUGCUAAACCUCAAACAUCAGUCACAAAUAAGGGCCUGUUUCCACUGAUUGCAUUGUUGUGCUUACAGUGCCUCCAACCACAAUUUCAGUGUGCAUCUUACUGUUGCUUACCUUUGCUAGGCUGCAGGAGUCAGUGUUUCCCCUUGCUUCUUCGCUUUGAUGGUGGUGGUGGUGAUGGUGGCGGGAGAUGAGCCAGUGCUGUUUUUGGGUGUGCUUAAGCUAGCAUCAACAAGAGAAUGUGCGGCAUCUGCAUCACUAAGUACUGUCUUUUUUAGGAAUGCAGAUAUUUUUUUAAUUGGGGUGCUGAAUAUUCAGGGACAGUUCGGUGCUCCAAGACUGUUUUUUUUUAUUGUUUUGUUGGCAGCAAACAUGAUGGAUAUGAGCCAGAACCCCGGGUUGUCAAAACCAUCCUGCUCAAAACUGGCAGGGUAUGAGCGGUGAGCACUCACGAUCAGAAUACCAGAAUCAGUGGCGCUGACAUGCUGUCCCUUAAACUACGCUGUGCGGGAUGUCGGCAUGCAUGUUUGUUGUAAGAUAGAGAGAGGAGCGAGCGGGUACAUUUCUUUUGGAUACAUUUUUCUCGAAAGUAAUGAAACGAUUGCGAGCUGUAGAGUCUGGAAUUGUGCAAAUUAUAUUUUAUUGGCCGUUUUGACAAAAAUAGAAAUUAAAUGUAUACAUUAAUCCACGAUUUCAAUUUCUGGUUUUGGAUCUCGUUGGCAGGACGGGGGUAUCCACUGGCAGGGCGGGGCACCCUACCAAAUACAUCAUAGGGGAAACACUGGGACUUAUUUUCUUAGUAAUGACUGUUUGUAUGUUUCAAAAUGCUGUGUAUACUUCAUGCUUGCUUUUAUUCAAUGAAAUUAAUAUAUUCACAAAGAAAAAGCGAGGUCAGUCCUCUUCCUGCAGACUGCCACUUUUGUUGCUGACAAAGUUGAUGUCUAAAGUCUGUCUUUGCUUUUAUUGAUUGAUGAUGGAAAAGUAAAACGAAAUAGUAAGUGUGACGGUGCUCCAAAAGUUGAACUAUUUUUAACUGAGAAUGCUGAGAGUGCAGCGAUGAAAACUAAAUGAUGCCAAGGGUGUUUUUGUGCCUAGGCGCUGAGCACUGCAAUCCCUGAACUGCAUUGGUUGUUCAGAAAAUAGGCAUUGCUAGCUUAAAAAUGUCAUUAGUGGACACAGGCCCUAAAUCUUCUCAGAAAUGUGAGAGAAUAAUUCAACUUCUUGAGAGCACAUUAGUCAAUAUGCUAGAUGAGUAUUGAAAUAACAAAUUUAAACUUUUUUUUUAAUCCAUAAACACAUUUAUUUCCCUGGUUGGAUGUUUUUUUUUUAUACCAAAAGAGAAACUUUAUUUUCAUGUCAACUCUCCAAAGAGUUGCAGCUAACAUGCCACUGAGAACUAUUUCAUUCUAUUUGUCAAAGCAGAAAAAAGCAGAAAAUACCACAAGGGUAAAACAUUGAUGUUUGCUGUCCUGUUUGUGCUGCAUCAAAAAGUAGUCUUGGAGGACAUGUGGAUGUAAAUUAUCAAUUUUUUUUUAGCUUCAGCAUAAGUUUUUCUUUUUUUUUUUCUGUAAAAUGACACUAAUAUAUCAAAGCACAAGAUAUCAAAGUUAAUGUCAUGCAUUAACCUGGAGCCACCCCUGAACAUCCCUUACAGAAAGACAGGUAGCCGUGGCGCCGCGUCAGGAGCAAAUAGGAGGUAACCAGCAGCAACUGUGGUAACAAUGGUGACAUAAAAACUUGUCUGUCUGUUGAACUGACCUGUUUGUCCAACUGUCUGUCAGUCAGACUUGGGAGAAAAGAGUUAACUAGUGCUUGGAUGUGCAAGUGGAUUUUGAGCGUUAUCUGAGAGUUAAGCACUCAGAGCUGCAAAUAUUCAAGAGCUGAGCAACUUGCAUGUUUCAUGCUGCACCAGGAAGGUAAACAGUUAGUGUGCUGUGGGAGUAUUGUACUGUACUGUACAUGGCUGGAUGGAUGGUCCUGUGUAUAUGGGAGCCACAGGGCAAACAUAUAUUGGAUGUAGCUGGGGUGCACAGAGCCCCUUUGUCUUUGUGCUUUGUGCAGUUUUUGUAAAGCUUUCAUACAAUGAUAAAGUAUACAGAUACACAACAUGAAACCACAAAACUAAAGCAGUAGAUCAAGCCAGAUCAGGAAAGCAGGACCAGUUUUUUGGCCCACAUUAUGCAGCUUUUCUGCCUUUGGUCUACAUUUUCCAUGUGAGGCUACAAAAGUAUAUUUAACUGAGAUCCACUUCCAGUCUUGUUAAAAUUGUGCUUGGAAGUAACAUCUAGCUACCAUGUAAAGCCCACUAAAAAACAACAUUUCCUGGUUCAGCAGGAAGCUGCAUGUGUUCAGCCCUUAAAUACCUGCAGAUCUGGGGCUGCUUUUGAAUGCUCUAUCACUGCUCGCUUCUGAGGAAACUAGAGGACGCACAAAAGAAGCCUGCUUGCAUGGGAUGGUUGGAGUAAAAAGAGAGGGAUGGAUAAGGAGGCCACUCACUUUUCUUGCAUGACAGGUCUUGCAGUUCCACCUUCUGCUUAGACUCUUGUAGAGCAUGCCUUUUUUAACUUAUCAAGCUGUGCUAGCUUCUAGCUGCUCUUUUUAACCCCUGCCAGACUUCCUCUCUCACCGUCUGUGAUCCUUGUUUGUACUUUCUCUGUAAUCAGUGUUUUUCCCUCUUUGCCCUCCCCAUCUCUCUCUCUGUAAUUCACUUAGUGGGAAAGAUGCAUCUAACCACACUCUCAGGCCAGGAGGACCACCGCCAAUCCCUAAAUCACCAUCCAAGGUAAACCCACUCAGUGACACAUACACACACUCAGGCUGUUUCUUGUAGUACUAAAAACACUAACCAUUACUCAGUAUCAUUUCAGAGCCCUUGAUAAAGUAAUAACUUACAACUGUAGACUGUAUCUAAGGAUGUUGAAGCCUCCUGGUCUGACCUGUGAUCCUUUUAACGGCCUGUGGGGGGAACUACCCUGGUAGCAAAAUUAGUUGGAUUGUUUGCAUGUAUGCAAAUAGUGACUCUGCAUCUCGGUUGAUUUAUUACCUCUGUCAACUUAUAAAGUAUGAUUCAAUUUGGAAAAAAAAAAGAGAUAAAGAAGGAUGCAUGACUUUUUGCACAGCUCUCUUGUAACUAACGAGUUGCAAUCAUGGAUAAUGCUAGAAAAACAGAGAAGUAAAUCCAACCUCUUGUCCAGCUAAGGGGGCACCAAAUGGAUGACACCAGGCCGGCUUUAACCACUUUUAAUUUAUGGCUACAAUUUACCUUAAAAAGCAAUGUUCAUUUCUGCUGAAAAAAAAUUGAUCUGAAUUAAGGAAGGACUUUGCUUUACUUUGCUCUAGGGAUGCACCAAUACUUAAAAUCAGGGUCAAUACUGAAACUGCUGCUCUAUCAUCACAGCCUAGCUACACCUCUACAUGUCUAUUUUUAAGUGAGCCACAAUAUUUGAAUUUCAGUUGUUGCUGGUUUUUCCCUCUCUUGAAUUGUCACUGAAGCAUUUCUUACUGUAGACCAUAUACAUCUAUGUAAAAGGACAAUAUAAGUUUUCACUGACCUUGAAGCCCAAAGAUUUACAGCUCCCCCUGUUGACAGGCUGGAGCAAGCACAUCUCAGACUUUCGUAAUGUUUUGGUUAGUUGCUGGUCUGACCUCAAUCCCACCAGCAAGGUUGCUUAUGUGUAUGUCCUGACUGCAUCAACUCAAUGUUAGUGCAUAUAGAGGCAGUCAUGUAGCUUGAAAUCCUCUUAAGUGUAAAUGAAGUGCCUUUCAUUCUAUGAACAGUUAGUGUUUCUCAUUGUUAUUUGACUGCAUGUCAAAGAUCCUUCUCAGACACACUGUCCAUAAUUUCUUUUACGUCAGUCCAUGAAAACAAAUCUGAGUUUGUCUAACAGAUGACUGUUCAAUAACAUCCCCGUCGCCUCUGAAUAAGGAGUUGGGUACACUAUCUUGACCGUAUUCACAAUAUAGUGUAACUAUCAUGUCAAGCCCUGGUAUAACAUUAUGCAAGACUACAUCUUUUUAUAAUUUUCUCCGACCUAGCUAAGGCCAGCAGUGCCUCCUCCACCAAAGGUGACCCCGUCCAAGGAGAUGAAAACAGAAAACAUCAUCGGACUGUUUGAUGCUGCAGCCACCCCUGAUAUCAGCGUCACUUCACCAACAGAGGUCAGUAAGCAGCUACUGUUGUCAAACAGGCAGAUCGACUUUUUACUCUCCUGGACAGGUCAGAGCUUUUCAUAUUUCUUCUAUAGGCCUGUCUCCCCCUGCUAUUCUAUUCUAUUCUAUUCUAUUCUAUUCUAUUCUAUUCUAUUCUAUUCUGUUUCAUUCUGGUCCAUCCUUUUCUAUUCUAUUCUUUUCUAUUCUGUUCAGCUCUGUUCUUUCUAUUCUAUUCAGGCCUUUUCUAUUCUAUUCUUUACCUUACUAUUCUAUUCUAUUCUAUUCUAUUCUAUUCUAUUGCACCCAGUCAGCCAAUGAGUCCUCCUAUUCCUGUUGUUGUCAGUUUGACAGUCCAGCAGUGAGCAGCCUAUUGGACAUGGACCUGGACUCUUUCAGUGCAGCAACUAAAGCCCCCACGGUCACACAGGUGGACAAAUUAUGGCAUGAAAACCUAGAUUUUAGAGACCUUUCACAGCAACAAAUGCCAAGCUUUACAAGGGGUUUGAUCUUUUAUGCUGAAAAAGUUUCAAGUUUCCGAUAAUGUAUAAGUUGAAGAGAAAUUUUCAGGCCUUUUUUUGAUUGUUGGGGGUUUCCAGUUGGUAGUCUAGAUUUUUUAUAGAUAUUGAAGUAAGUUUUAUUCAGUCUGGAUAAAAAUGAAACCACUUGAAAAGCUUGGCAGAAUUUGAGGUGUUACCUGCUCUGCUUUUUUCCAACUUACCAAACAAGAGGUGGAUGACAGCAUGAUGAUCUGUAGAGCCCUGCUUUAGAAAACACUUUCUCCUGCUUUAGCACUAUCCACGGGUCACUUAUGGCAUGAAUUGUAGACUAAACCCUGCUCUGCUCUUACUUUCUUCUUUUCAGGACUGCUCAGUAGACUGUAGUGGGACUGGAAUGAUAUGAGUUGAACUUUCAUGAUACCAGCAUCUACUUGAGUUGCCUAAAAUUUACUGGAUUCUGAGAGGAUGGGAUCGAUAAGUUCUCAGUUAUUCCAUGCAGGAUUACAAUAUCUGACAGAGGAUUAGCAUAUUCCCUUCUCUACACCUUGGCCCAUUUAAUUAGUUACAGAGGUACAGAGCGGGUCAUUUUGUAACAGAAAAUAUAUGGAAAAAUAACUUCAAAGAUUUGCUGUAACUUACUUUAUCUGAUGACUACUUGGUGGUACUGGUUUCAGCCACUGCUGAUGGUCUUGUUUGCUUUUUUAGGUCACAUUCAAGCACCAAAAUUGAUUUCAGUCAGUUUCAUUACAAGCUAAAAAUUUCUAAUAGGAGCUUUAACAGAAAAACUGUCAAUCACAGACUAAGACACAAUGAUUUCUUUUGAGUUUUUACUCUUCUCAGGUCUUUUCCUCUUGUGGCCUCUUUAAACAGGGUAUUGCCUGAGUUGUUUUGUUGGAGAUCUUCUGCUAUGGGCUUGUAGUUUUACAGCAUGGGACCUGCACCGGAGCUUUCUCGGUAGCCUUGGCCAGACCUGUGUGAGGAGUUUCCUUUUCUCUUUUAACUCUGGUCUUUUUUUUCCUGCAGUCUGCAAACUGGGACUCAUGGGUAAGCGUAUCAACCUCAGCUUAUUACAUUUCCAAUCAGCAAAAAACAAAACAAAACAUAAAUCAUAGUGUUUCUGUAAACCCUUCAUUGUGCUCAUGUUGACCAUCAUUCACGUUUUGAUGUUAACAUUUGUUUAUACAGCCCUACUCUGAAAAUGCAUGCUGCUCCAUACCUAGAGUUUGCAUGCUGGAUUUCUGAAGUUUUUUGUGGUUCUGUGUCAUUCGUUUGUCCAAGAUCUGUUUGUGCGUUGAGUGUGUGUAUGCAGUGCUUUAUGUGACAACACUAAACACUGAGACUGUCGUACAGCACAAAUAGAACUUGGGGUUUUGCAAGGGACAGUUCGGUUUCAAAUAUGACAUCAUGUUAGAGUAUCAGGGAAUAUUUGUGACUGAACUGAUCUGUUUCUGUUUUGCCCUUUAUCCCUGUAUGUACAUGUUGCACAACAUGUAGCUUCUACAUGUUAGCUAGAUGCUCCAUGUGACACACAGGGAACAGUUUUGUUGAGGAAGUUGAGUGAAGUUGCUCAUGUUUUCAGUGGAUUGUUUCAUAGUAAUGAGACUGGACAGAUCACCAAACGUAGCCAGUGGGCAACUUUCUUACAACUUGACAUCCUGACCAUUGACUAACCCUUUGUUCAUCCUUAUUGCUGUAAGAGAGAUGUGUCAAAACAAAUGUUAAGUUCAUCUUGCUUUGAGACAAAGCAGUGAUAGCUCAGAGAGAAACGACACCUCUACUCUUACAAAGCUUCCUCCCUCUUUCUCCAUCUGAACAUAGCCGUGGAAGUACACAUCAUGCUUGCAAACCACAAACAGAGGAUCCAGCAUCUAUUUUCUGAUGGGAAAAGGCUGACAGUUUUUGCGUUUCUGCCUUAUGCUGCCACCCUUGCCUAUCUGCAUCUUUGUUUUUCUUCUUAAUUUAACCAAACCUUUUCUGCAAGGCUGUGCUCUUCUUCAUCUAUUCUCUUGGGACCUAUGACGCUGAUGUUAAUGAUGAUGAUGACUUCCUAAUAAUGCUGCUGAACCCUUUACAUUGGUCUCCAUGGCAUCUUUUGUCCCUGUUCCUCCUCAUACUUUGCAAAAGUUAUCAAUUUUUUCCCUUUAAUAUGCCAAAUAAGUUCAAUCCCCUGCUUCAUGCCAAUUCCUGAAACCCUCCUCCUUCUUUAGAUCCCCAAAGCCAAUCUUCUUGAGCUAGUGACACAUAACUACUGCUAGUUUUUAAACAUUAAAACCUGUGAAUAAAAUGCUAACACCAUGCUUACACAGCAAAUUAAAGCAUGCUAACGGUGGGUAUAACCAUAGACUUUAUAUACAGUACUACGGACAACUUGGUUCUGCCUUCCGUCAUUACAUUCCGUGAUUUCCUCCCCUUCUUGGAACCACCACUCGUGUAGUAGUGUUGUAUGCAUUUGGCGGGAGAGUCACCAAGAGUUGCUAUGAUAAUGCUCUGCUCAAACAGCUUAUUCCUUGGGUGAGCUACGCAAUCUUCGUACGCCCAUAGGCUGUAUCAAGUGUCAAUCAUAGAAAACAUGACCCCCUAAAUAACUUUUAAAAAUGGAGCUGUACGGAAAAAAAGAGGACUUAGUCUUACAGUAACUAUGGAGUCCAUAGCUCCAUAGGGAUUGCUGGAGGAGGCAGGAUUUAUGACCUAUACUGCAGCCCAUCAAAGGGGGUGCUGUUCUUGCAGUGGCUUCAUCACAAGGAUGCAGACAGCGUCUAUUCUAUAAACAGUCUAUGGAUGUAACCUUUGCUUUGGUCUAAUCUUAACGUGUGAAUGUUUGCUGUCAGGUUGUCAACUUCAGUAGUGAAGACCUUGAACAGGUGUUGGCAUUAGGGCUGUCAGUUUUUCCCAAAAUGGACUUUAAUAUUGAAAACAUGAUGUGCAAAUGUUAGGGUAGAUUUCAAUGUUGCGGUUUUAUCGGUCAUGGCUUUUUUGCCAUAAAUCAGGCAGUCAUACAGGGUUGAUCACUUACUGUUGCGCCUCCUCCUCUGCCACUGCUGCGUCACAUGAGUGGCAGGCCAGCAGGUGAGCCCACAAAUUUGUCGCUGUUGACAAGCAAGAAGUCGACAAACAGCUAUCUUCUUGUUGUUUGUACAACCCAAUUAGUUUACUGAGGUGAAGAGUGCAUGGAUUAGCUAAUAAGAAUGCACCCUCUACACUACUUCAGGUGGCCUGAUGCGCUGGUACACUGUAUUACUUUGAAUGGCUCAUCCCAGUUCGAAUAUCAACUUUUCCCCCAGACCUUAAAUGUAGAUUUGAUGUUUAAAUAAAAGCAAAAGCCCUAAAUCACUUGAUUAAUUCAGGUAUUGGAAAUAAAUUAUUCCGGUGAGGGAAAAAAAUGUCUUCACACAAUCUAAAUGCAAUCUAUCCAAUAACUCUUAAUAUGCGGUUGUGCCUGAAAGGCUUAGCAAGCCAUGUCUAUAGCCUUAACAUUGCAUGGAUAAAUAUAUAGGAUAUUGUCAAAGCACAUUUAUAUUUAGUUUAGUUUAAAAAGUAUAUAUAUUUUUUUGCAUAUAAAAAAGGUAUCCCCCCCAAUCUCUUAAGAUAUAUUCGCUGAUAUGAGAUGAAACCUGUGUUUACCUUGAUCGUACCCAUUUAAAUUUCUGAUAAAUUUCCUUUUCUCUUGAUUUUAAAUGUAUUUCAUUUUACCCUAAUUGUAAAGUUUUGUGGUUCCUCUCCUCAUGAGUUGCCCGAAAAAUCUUACAAAUAACCUUGAUUCUGAUGGUCCCUGACUCUCAGUCAGAUUACCCCUCUUGACUUCCCUAUCUUUGUCCCCUGACAUUUCCCCAGCCAUUGAUUUCUGAUGCUCUUACAAAGCAUACAAAGUAAAAUAUGUCUUUUGACCUCUGACCCCUUGAAACCCGACCCUUGCCCCUCAGCAUGAGGACAGUGGUGCCCAGGAAGAGGACAUUACGCCGCACUAUGACCCUGUGGCUGCUGCUACAGAUGCCUGGGGAGAUGACGGCUCACAGCCUGUACGCUAUGACCCCAUUGCAGCUGCCACAGAGGGGUGGGGGGAUGACGGGACCCAACCCGUUCACUAUGAUCCUUCAGCUCAGGAGGAAGAGGUGGAUGAUGAGAGUCAGAAAGCUCAUUACAAUCCUGUUGCUGAAGCCCAGAAGGGCUGGGACGAUGAUGAGAGCCAGCCGGUCACAGAGGUGCCUGAUGAAACAGCUGCAGCCGAGGCUCCAGCUGAGGAAGAAACACCUGCUGCUGCUGCAGAGGAGGAGGAGGAGGAGGAGGGUCAGGUAACUACGGAGAGAAAAAAUGGAGAGAUGCAUCUGGAAGGAAAUGGUGGAUGCAUCAGUGUUUGAGGCAGAGGUUUGAGCAUGGGGUUCUGGAAAGAAAAAGUUGAUAUAGAAAUGACUUGUAAGUGAGAGGUGGAGAAAUCUUGAGAUGGAAAGAUUUAGGAUGCAUCUGGACCAACAGCAUGGAUGCAUCAAGCUGAUGAUCACUAACUGCUUAGAGGAAGAGAUGAGUAUAGAGGCUCUUAUUAACAUGCAAAAAGCUUAACAGGUAUGGCAACUGUGCAAUUGUAACAAGCUUACUGUCAAUCCAACAACACUGUGUAGUUACAACUUUACUGUUGAGGCUGUGUGGCUUGUCUUUUUGUCUGUCUUUGUCUGGUUUGUCUCUACUCUCCUUUAUUUUCCCUCCUGCCUGAGUUAAUCUGAGUAUAAUCCCCUGACCUCUCUCUGUUAUUAUGUCUGUGCUCUCAGAGUGAUUCAGCAGCAGCAGCUGCUCCAGCAACAGAGGAAGAAGCUGCAACAGAGGAGGUGAGAGCAGAGGAGUUACUGUAAUAUGCAUGACUGUUGGGAUUUCACUAAGACGAUGAUGUAAAAUGGGUUUAUAGAUAAAAGGUAGUAUUUAUCUAAUAGUUUGAAGUAAAAUAGUUUGUCAAGCUCUAAAACGAAACACUUACUUAAGAAAUAAGACUUAUUUUGCACUUUUGAUACCUCUUUUUUAGGAGCCUGCAGCAGCAGUAGCAGAAGCAGAAGCAGAAGCUGAAGCAGAAGCAGAACCAACAGAAGCAGCUUCAGAGGAGCCAGAUUUGCCACCUGGUUUUCUAUUUAAGGUAGAAACAGGAUCUAGGUUAAAAAAACAGUAGGAACAUAAAAUUAGCCUGUUUGAAUCAAGAUAACUGAUAUUUGUGUUUUAAUGAUAUAGGUCCAGGUGAUGCAUGAUUACGCUGCCAAUGACACAGACGAACUGGAGAUGAAGGCUGGCGAUGUGGUGCUAGUAGUCACCUUUGACAACCCUGAGGAACAGGUAAAUAAACACUCACAUCUUUACUGAUGUGUUACAGAGAUAGUGAGAUAAAAUAAUAUUUGUUUGUUUGCUUCCAGGAUGAUGGCUGGCUGAUGGGAAUAAACUCGGAAGAAUGGAAACAGAAGAAAGAAAAUGCCGCCAAAGGAGUAUUCCCUGAAAACUUCACCCAAAGGCUGUGAGAGAGGAGGGCAGGACGUCAUUCCAGCUACUUUCUAUGUCUCUCUUUCUCUUGCCCCAAAUGUACCUUCCCUCUCUCCAGCCCUGAUACUGUAUCUUCAAAAGGACUUUGGCCAUAGAAGCAGAGCUUUCACAGCCCGGGCUGAAGUCGUGCAUUUCUAAGGUCUGCUACACUGUGCGAAAAGCGGAUCUUGGCAUUUCUGUGGCUUUCUGCCAACAUGUACCCAUUACAGAUGUAGCCAUUUCAAAAGCCCUACUCCCUGUUGAAACCUCUGCUAGAGGAAUAUUGAUCAUAUAAAAUAUAGAAUACGCAGGGAUGGGUGACUCUGCAAUGGCUACUGCAAAAUAAUCUUUAAUUCUUACGUCAUGGCUCAUUUUAAUUCCUCUAAGGCACCUUCAUAAAAGGAAAUCAACUAAUGAGAUGUGCUUCUGGAAGAUAUAGGACAGUGCAGAAGAAGGAAGAUCAUGCCAAGUGUAGCAGUGUAGUGUAAGUCCUCAAACUGUUAAGGAUGAGUGCAUGUGAUUACUUAAACCAGGUAAAAGGAGCAUGAACAGGUCCUCCUUAAGUUAAGAACCUCUCACCUAGAAGAAUAACACAGACACAAGAUAGUUGAAUUUAAACCAUGUAGAAAAUGAAGAGACAUUUACCUCCAUCAAGUUUGUUCUUCUCAGGCACACAGGUUUGGUUUGUUUUGCACAACCAGGGAUGAGUAACUAGAAGAAGGACCACAAACAGAAAAAAACUGAGAUUUCAAGAUGAAAAUCAUGAUAUUAAGAAAAUAAAGCCUUAAUUUUGGGAGGAUGAAGUCCUCAGAGAAUCACCUUUUAAUAAAUGAGAAUAAAGUCAAGAUUUUGCAAGGUGAAAGUCAACGUCACAAGAACAUUUUUUUAAGAAAAACAUCAUUAAAUUACUGUCUGCCUAUCAUACCUAGUUUCUCAAACAGUCUGUCCUAAAUGCUGGUUACUCUCAUUCUUCAUAUUAGUCACAUAUUUUUGCAUGACCUUAAUAUACACCUUUUACUUUUACAAUUGUGUCUCCAUUCUUGUAAAUCACAGCUUUAUAAUCAUGUCAUUGCAACAUGUUUUUAAUUUUAAUAACUGGAAAGAUGAGCUUUAUCAGCGACUUUAUUCUCAUAAUUUAACAACUUCAUCCUUGAAGUUUCAGUUUUUUUUCCUAAAUGUGACCCUGGUACUUUGUUGUAGUUUUGUCAUCUGUGUCCAUUUGAUGAGUUUUGAUGGGUCCCUUCAAUCCCGGCUUUAGAUAAUUAAUAUUAUUAGCCAUUUACCCAUAGACACCUUGGGAUUUGCUGCUAAGCCCUCUGAAUUCACCCCCUUUCUGCUCCAUCCUUGAUAUUAACUUGUGAAAAAAACGGGCUCAUGGUUGUUGUGUUUGUUUAAAUUGAUGGUUUAAGUCACAUGAACCCAAAAUUGAAACAAUAUGCAGUUUACUGGUGAUUUGACACCAACGUUGUCAAGGACUACUGAAAUGUUUUUAAAAUCUUAACAGAAUCGCUGGUCUUUGCCUGUAGAGUAGAAAAACAUGAGUGUUUUGAUUUGUAACAUUCAUGUUUUUUAAUCCUUGUGGUGUGAUUUUUGAUGGAGUGAGCAUGAGAAGGAACUUGAUUUAAUUCUCUUAUGAUGGAGUCCAAAUAUGCACUAGCCAGGUGUGCUUGAUAGCUUGCAACACACUACAGCGAUCAUAGCUGCCACUGGUAGUAUAAAUGUUUGACAAGUAUGGCAACAUCCCUAUUGCUACUCAAAUAUACAGUAACUGAGCCAGCCUCAUCCAGUUUUAUAAAAAGUGUGCCGAAAAACAAUUCCUUCUGUUUGCAGAGAGACGACUUCACUCAAUGCAGAUGAUUCAGAAUAUGCACCAGAGCAACUUCUUUUAUUUUUCUAUGCUGCCAAGCAAUGAUUACAUAUAGCCUAAUGUAACUAUGUCAAAAUAAUUGCCAACUUAUGACGUACUGGAGUGUUUUGUACCUCUGUCAGGUUUACUGCUCGAAACGUAACCGCUUACUGUAGGUAGUUCAAACUAUCUCACAUUCAGCCAGUGGUGGAGUGGCUUAACGUGGGAUAGCUUCACAGUCAAUCAUUCAGUCAGUCACAACUCGAACGAUAGUCACAGUUAUCAUGAUGUUAUUAACAUGUAACAAGCGUGUGUGAAAAUGCUUGUGUGUGCGUUUGUAUGCGUGUGUGUUUGUGAGUUGUUUGGAAAACAAAUUCUUUAUCUAUAGGCUAUCGUUAUUGGACGAUGUCACCACCUGCCUACCAGGCGAUGAGGUUGUCCAUUUUACAGGAGUUUUUUUUGUCUGACUGGACAAAGACCACUCAAACGUAUUCGGGUCUUCUUCCACUGGCUGGUAUUAUGGUUCCAGGUGUUCUCGUGCAUUUGUUGUGUAUAAGUGUAAUUUUGCCAAGCUGUGAUGACAGAUACAUAUUCUAUAAAGACAUUCAUAUCUGUAUGUGAGUUACUGUGAGCAUGCUGACUUCCCAUGUGUUGUUGUGUGAACACCCUUAAUUUACGACAAUGAUACUUGGGUCACUUUUGAGGCAGUGAAAACCGGCAAUUUUUAUUUACAUCCAAUUUAGGAUAGUCACUCCUGUUCAUCUUUGCAAUGAGGUUGGUGGGCUGGUUUAUAUUAUUUAUUUUUCCACCAUUCCCUCUCAAAUCAGCCCCGAUUAUGUUGCUGGUUGUCCAUCAGCUUUGCCUCAAAAUGUUGCCAGGGUAUCGUGGUCCAAACAGAGAUGAAGGUAAUUGCAAGGGGACGGGACACAGAGAGAAUAUUUUCAAACUCCAGACUCAGGUGGACAUGUUUUUGUAAUGGUUUGGAGUAUUUUACCACUUUACUAGAGCAUGAUCUUUUUCAGAUGUAUGUAAAAAGCCUCAUGUGAAGGCACCACCUGCAGAUAUACACAUAAACCAGUCACUUUCAUAGUUUUAUUUUUGAUUCAUUUAAGGUGGUGAGUGUUUCACCUGGGUCUGGUUCUCUAUCUGUCCUAAUGGAUGAGUCUCCUCCAAUGAGCUAUGGGGUAUGACAAAAUGUUUUUCCUGUACCUAAACGACCAAUAAUAAUAAAGAUUACCUAGAAUCUCUGUUGUUUGUU